AUGCAAGAAUUCCAGUGGGCAUGGGUCCAGCAAUUCAAGAUCCAACCCAGCUGUUGCCACAGCCUCUAUACUACUGCACUGGCAGGUGUCACCAUGUUCAACCGUGCGUUUCUUGUGCUGCCAACAUCAGUGGCCCAGUGGGCAUGGAGGCCACCUGUGGACCUGCCGCACAGGGCUCCGUCCCUGCUGGAGCUGAUUGCUGGGGUGAUAGGCAACCUCCUGCUCUUUGACUUCCAGUACUUCAUCUGGCACCUGCUCCAUCACAGGAUCUGCUGGCUGUAUGUCACUUUCCAUGCCAUCCUUCAUAAUUACUCAUCUCUCUUUGCUCUUGCCACUUAGUGUCUCAGCGGCUGGGAGCUGGUCUCAGCAGGCUUUUGGAUCAUUCUGAGUCCUGUGAUCCUGAGAUGCCACCUACUCACCACAUGGACCUUCAUGGUGUUGCAUGUCUACGUUUCUAAAGGGGAUGACUGUGGCUAUGAUUUCCCCUGGUCCACAUCACGUCUCAUACCGUUUUGCACCCCAUUUCAGCCACUGGGAUAAAA